CGCGGGACAGGGUCAUCUAUUCCUGGAUUAGCUUGUUGCAUAGAGUGAACCAAGCUUCCGCCACUUAAAUAAGGGUCCUGCAUAUUGAACGACGCCCAGGAACCAGGCGGGGACGACAUUCCUCAGAGCUCCUCCUCUCUAACGACGACCACUCUCGGGGAAUACUUCGAUCACUUAAUAAUGAAUGCGUAACGAACACAAAGGGAGCACAUAAAAGCUCCAGAAUGCCUAUUUUUCAGGAUGACCUUGGCGGUGACCGAGGUCUACCGCCCAAAAGGCCCACGAUAUCACCGCUUUCGAACUCGCCACUCGAGAGGAACGUGGUGUCGAGAAAGGCUUCAGAGGAGAGUAUAAGAACAGAACUAUGCGAGGGGCCUCUUCCAGACGACCCCGGAAAUCCAGGUGCCAGUCCUGCGGAUUUAAACACAACCUUCACAUUUCCAAUACAUGGAACAUCAGACCGGAUUGAACUCAUUGAGCGGCUCAAGAAGGGGGCGAGCUCAACUUGGUGGCCAGAUCGAAACCUUGGAUCUCCUCUCCGUGAUAAAGAUCAACAGACUCCUCGCACGCCUUCACGAAAACCUUCGAAUAAAUCAUCUCUUCUACCAUCCCCCGAGAUUUCAGAACAAGGGAGAUCGCGGGCCCUUGAUAUCGAGCGAUCUCAAGCAGGUCAAGAAAUCGAGCGGCCACGAUCGGCUCUACACAGUGGUGAUUUCACACAAGGACCUCAUCAGAGUACAAGCGAUCAUAAGCUUCUAGAAGCAAGUGCUGGAUUAUAUACUUCGGAGCGACAAGAAUGGCUUGCUACAUCUCCCCCGCGGAACUUCUCGCCUUUUCAGCUCGACCCCAGGUUCCCAGCUGUAGAUCAAGUCGAUGGAGCACGAUCUCGGGCUCCCUCACUGUCAUCUUCAUAUUCGUCAAGCUUCGUGCUGAAACCACCCACCAGUCCCUUGGUGCAAUCGGAAAGCAACGAUGACUUGGAUUUUUCUCCGCGCGUUGACCCGAUCAAUAUCACGCCCGGUUCCCAAAAGAGCCAUCGAAGACAUACGUUACAAGCAGCACAUUCCCUUCAUUCGACGCCUUCAGUUCCGAGUGCGUCGAGUUUCAAUAGGCCAUUACCUCAUUUACGACGGGAUUAUUCACAUCCAUAUCAGGCUCAUCAACCAAGGAGGUCUCUGGCUUCCAACCAGAUGGGACCACCGACAUCUUCGCCCCAGACACCAGCGCUCUUUCGAUCACGGAGACCCUCUUUUACUUCCGAUAGCUCGCCUCUUCAAGCACCGAUGGUUGGCUCUUAUGAAGAAAGCAUCCUCCGUGGGCGGAUGUCAACCACGCCCUCGAAACCUCUGGAUUUCGUCGCUCAAAUCGGUGUGUUGGGUCUCGGUAAGUGCAAGUCGAGUCUUCGGUGUCCGGCUCACGUAACUAUACCAUUUCCGGCGGUAUUCUACAGCUAUGAUUCAACGCCCCAUCGCCGUGCGGGGGCAACUGAAGACGGGCCAAGUCCUUAUGUUGGCUUAAUCGAUCUCGAGAACAAUCUUCCAAACCCAGACGAGGUACGGGAUAGUAAGCGAAAGCGACAUACUUCCAAUACUGGGGGAAACCGCUUGGAUGACCUUGAUAUGAUUGAUGGCCCAAAUAAUACAAAUCAAAUAUCAGAACAUGGGCUCCGGCGGGCUGAGAAGCAAAAGCGGAGAUCAACAUCACCCAGAGCUCCUCCAGGGGGUAGUUACAGAAUACCGGAAAAGGGACAACUUCAAAUUAUUAUUAAGAACCCCAACAAGACUGCCGUCAAGUUGUUCCUUGUUCCUUACGAUCUUGCUGGUAUGGAACCAGGUACAAAGACCUUCAUCCGCCAACGCAGCUAUUCUGCUGGCCCUAUUAUUGACCAUGCGUUAUCGUCGUCGCCACAGGUCCCAGUAGCAAAUUCCUUAGAACGACCAACUCUACGUUAUCUUAUACAUCUACAUAUAUGCUCACCAUCUCGCGGUCGAUUUUACCUUUACAAAAGCAUUAGAGUUGUGUUUGCAAAUCGAGUCCCUGACGGGAAGGAGAAGUUACAGAAUGAGAUUUCCUUACCUGAACCAAGAUUUAGCAUAUACAAACCUGGUCGGGAUUCCAGUCUCGGCCUUGGGCUUCUCAACGGCGCAGGUGCAAGUCUGACCGCCGAAAAAGCUUUUAGAAGGCGAAGCUCAGGCUUUCCUCUUGCUCCGUCACAUCAAAACUUUGAUGCGAUGGACGGGAUUACACCGUCUUUCGAGAAUGGUUUCAGCGGCGGGCCAUCGUUCCCGCAUGGGCGGCAGUUGAGCACCACCCCUGUUCAACCUAUCCCAUUCAGCCUUUACCGGCAGACCCAUCGCCAUUAUUCGGGCGAUUCCGGUCAAGAACGGCCUUCCAACAUCCAAUCUCCAACGUCAAGUAAGAGUAGCCAGCCACCGACAUCACAAGGAUCAGAAACAUCCUGGAACAGCAGUUCAAAUAUCGGUAGCUACGACAAGCUUCACAAAGGAGACGUUGGGUACGGCGGCAAUGCCUUCACCGGGUCUCCGGAUGGAAAGCAGGUAGCUGAAGGCCUUCUCGCAAAGAAACUACGGGACCUAGGUGUCGGAAGCCCCAAUCAACAACAAGAUCGUCUGGACGGCAUGUGAAUUACUUACCUAGCUACUUACUGUUGGAGUAUCCUUUUUACUUUCGGUAUACCCGGACUGGAGCAAGGUGCUUUGGAUACUCGGGGGUAAGGGAUCAUCCAUUGAAAUUAUCUGAUCUAUCUAUCUAUAUUGGCGUACAUAUACAGGUUCUAUGAGUGAUGACUUACUUACUCUCUUAUCUUUUUUCUAUAGUUCUAUCUAUCACGU